AUGCUGGAGGAAGCUUUAGGAAGAAGGAUGCUGGAGGAAGCUUUAAGAAGAAGGAUGCUGGAAGAAGGAAGAAGCUUUAGGAAGAAGGAUGCUGGAGGAAGCUUUAAGAAGAAGGAUGCUGGAGAAGCUUUAGGAAGAAGGAUGCUGGAGGAAGCUUUAAGAAGAAGGAUGCUGGAGGAAGCUUUAGGAAGGAUGCUGGAGGAAGCUUUAAGAAGAAGGAUGCUGGAGGAAGCUUUAGGAAGAAGGAUGCUGGAGGAAGCUUUAAGAAGAAGGAUGCUGGAGGAAGAAGCUGGAGGAAGCUUUAAGAAGAAGGAUGCUGGAGGAAGCUUUAGGAAGAAGGAGGCUGGAGGAAGCUUUAGGAAGAAGGAUGCUGGAGGAAGCUUUAAGAAGAAGGAUGCUGAGGAAGCUUUAGGAAGAAGGAUGCUGGAGGAAGCUUUAAGAAGAAGGAUGCUGGAGGAAGCUUUAGAAGAAAGGAUGCUGGAGGAAGCUUUAAGAGGAAAGGACUGGAUGAGGAAGCUUUAG